GCGAAACGGCGACUAGGAACGUAGUAUUACUUUUCUAACUGAAAAGACAAUUAUAAAAUCCAAUAUGUUUGUCAAAGCUUUGAUAGCCAGUUUGUUGGUAGCCUUUGUCUGUGUGCAAAUUGCUGAUUCUCUGGUGUGCUACACCUGUACCACGCCGAAUGACUGCAAGAGUCCCAAAAAAGUGACCUGUACUAAUGCGGCUGCCAACGAGACUAGUCACAACCUGGAGGUUUAUCAUCAGGGAGUUAGGAAUCUAACCAGUACUCGAUUCGACUGCCUGGCUCUUAAGUACACCUGGAAUAACAAUGUGAUCAAUCAGAUCCAUGGCUGCAUUCAUCCCAAUGUUGGGGCCUGCAGUUUGAGCUUGAAGCCUGCUUAUGGCCACUAUAAUAAAACCCACUGUCUUACCUGUUCCGGCAAUAAGUGCAACAAGAAUCCGGCGGGAAAAAUGAGCAGCAGCACACUCACAAUUGCGGCUAGCGUUUUGGGUCUCUUGCUGGUCAAGAUCUUUGCCUAAAACAAGACUAUUUAUAUAGAUGAGCUAAAAUUCUGAAAACGAAAUUAUUUCGUAAUAAAUUAUUUUUAAAAUAUCUCCUA